AUGGAUGGUCAGGGAGCCCAUUUAGCCUUUAAGUCACGCUGGCGCAAGACGGACGAGGAGCUCUGUCGGCACAGCAUGUCUUUUAUCCUGCACAAGGCCAUACGAAGUGAUUUCUUUCAGAGUUACCUCUACCUGCUGGAGCGGCUUCCCCUCGUGAAACUUUAUGCUUUAACGAGUGAAGUGAUCAACGGCGAGAUGCAGUUCUAUGCCAGAGCCAAACAUUUCUACCGGGAGGUGCCAGCGACAGAAGAGGGCAUGAUGGGAGACUACAUCGAGCUGUCCAGUACAGACAUUGAAUCCUCCAGGGAAUUUCUUAGAAAGUUUAUUGGGGGUCCUGGAAAAGCUGGCACGGAGCAUGCCCUCGACUGCGGUUCUGGGAUUGGACGGGUCACUAAGCAUGUCCUCUUGCCAGUUUUCAAGAGCGUGGAACUGGUGGAUAUGAUGGAGAAUUUCCUGGCUGAGGCCCAGAACUAUUUACAGGGUAAGAAGGACAGAGUAAAGAUGUACUAUUGCUACAGCCUCCAGGAAUUCACUCCAGCCCCCCAAAAAUAUGAUGUCAUCUGGAUACAGUGGGUUUCAGGAUACCUGACCGAUAAAGAUCUCUUGGAGUUUCUUAUCCGGUGUCAAAAUGGCUUGAAGGAUAACGGCGUUGUCAUUCUCAAGGACAACGUGGCCCGGGAAGGCUGUAUCCUGGACCCAUUGGACAGCAGUGUGAUCCGAGACCUGAGCAUCCUCCGGAGCCUUGUUGAGAAAAGCGGACUCACCAUCCUGCAGCAGGAGAGGCAGGAGGGCUUCCCUGAGCAGUGUGUCCCCGUCUGGAUGUUGGCCAUGCAGAAGAACCCUGGCGUACCCUGAAGGGGGGAUGUGUAGAUGUGAAGCCCCUGAAACAUGACUG